AUGGAUAAUGGAACACAAUCUCCUGUAGCUGUCGGCACGUCAGCGCUCGCGCCGGUUCCAUCACCGCCCGACUUCUUGCCAGUUCCGGGCAAGCCCGAGCGUGCAUGGCCCGCGUGGAAACGUGCUUUCUUGAUGUUCCUUGAGGCGUCCGGCUUGGACAGUGUUGCGCCUAGUCGAAAAAAGGCGAUCUUGUUUUCCAUGCUUGGGGCUGAGGGCCAGAGAAUUGUUGACGCUUUUCAGCUCGAUGAGACUCCCGCUUCCGAGGAAGGCGAUGUUUUUGAAGUCUUUUUGAGUGCUAUCGAGAAGCACUUUGAGUUUUCUGGGUGUAUCGCGCUGGAACGCCAAAAGCUUCGCGCUCGCGUCCAACGCCCGGGAGAAACCGUCUCGGAGUACUUGACCGCUCUGCGACGCCAAGGGUCUUUUUGUUCUUAUGGAGACGCUUUGGAAGAGAGGCUUGCUGAGGUCUUUUUGGAGGGGUUGGACUCUAAGCGGGUCCAAGACCGCAUCCUUCGAGAGUGUGUGCGGACGGGGGUACCCACUUUAACCCGUGUCGUUCAGCUCGCGCUGCAGUACGAGCAACUUGCGCGCACCACAGAAAGCUUCCACCUGCGAGCUCCCAGUGCUAGCGGUACGGCGCCGGCAGCCGUUGAGCGCGUCUUUGCGCACGUGCCCAUUGGAACGCCGGACGUCCAAGAUGGAGGUCCAUGGCCGGCUCCUUCCCGAAGUCGGUGGCAAUAUGGCCGGUCCGGCGUCACGUCCAGUCACGCACGGAGAUGA